AUGUCCGGAUAUUCGACGUCUAUUUACUGCGCCAUCUGCGGCGGUCCAACAUCUAGUCACUCAGCCGAGCCAUUUACUGAUUAUUUGUCUGAACCUAGCCUCGAUUCUGAUGACGACAGUGACUGGUUGGACAAUGUCAGGCUUAUCACGCAGCACCCCAAGUCAGGAAGGGUCUUUAUUGUGCCUCGUGCUGAGCAGGAGGAAGCGAACGAUUUUAACGUCGAUUUCGAGGAGAACGCUAGGAUAGUUCGAAAAGAUAUGAACAUGAUGACGGUGAGAUAUGAUAUCGGAGGUCAAGACCCCUUAGUGUUUCCUUUUCAUGUAGACUGCUACGAACUUCUCGGAAAGGUUGUCAAGCCGCUAAAGAUUGACAACGCGGCCCUUUAUCGAGUUCUAACAUCUCAUCUCCCAAGGUCCUACGGACCACCGAAUGCACUGGACUUUAACUAUGGCAAAGUGAAAAGAUAUCAGAGCGAUGAGUGGGGUACUGCCCCAGGGAUAGAGUACGCUAUCGCAUCACCAAUUUCCACCGAGAACGUAACCUCCAUUGUUGAGCACGUUCUAAGGAAAGCUAACAGGUCGAAUGUACAAAAUAAUCGACCAGCCUCUAACGUCCCAACUGGGCCAUCUUCUAGUCGAGAUCGUUCCCAAAACGCCUCGACUGGGCCAUAUCAGUCCUACAGAGCCGCUCCGUAUCACAGUCAGCAGAGAACAAGGUCGCAAUAUGAAACCCACCAAGGCCCGCAACGAAACAAACGAGACAGGCAGAACCGGCAGGCGGGGCUAAGCCGAUAUUCCGUGCACAGGGAUAUUCCUGACACGGAAUGGGAAAACAAGUUUAUCAGGGAAUUCGCCUGGAUACGCGAGUUUCUCCCGUCUAAGGACGAGAUCGAGCGGCGCCACGUUGAUAGGUUCUUGUUUUGCAAGGCCAUCUUUGACCUAGGCGGUGGUCGGGGGUUCAAUGCUCCCGAAUAUCGAGAUACACUGCGGGGCUUGCACAAUCGUCGUCGCCUUUGGGAAUUAUGCUCGAAGAUCGUAGCGGAGUAUUUGCCUCACUCCCAACAGCGCAGCGUACAAAAGCCCGAGGCAACCUCCUCACCCGAAGCCACAAGAUCCAGGACGGCCAGCUCAGUACCUGCGAGCAUGCCCUCCAUGGACUUCUUCAGAAGGCCUAUAAAAGGUAGCAUGCCUUGGCCCUGUGAGCCGAAAGAGCUGAGGAACAAGUCUCCCAUCGAAGCCUCUUCCACGGAGACUCUGACCCUUGCCGCCCGUGAUAGCGAUCUGAAGAAUGCCGUUCGUUUCGGGGUCGACGCUGAUAUGCAGCGUUUCGAGAUUCACUUGGAAGAAAAUGGACGAAAAUGGAGUCAUUGCAUUGGUCCCCGGAGCACGGCCAUGCAGUACCUAUACUUCGACAAGUCAUUGGCCGUCCCUGACAGGAUCAUCAAAUGCUAUGUGACCAUGAAGCACAACAUCCCCGUCGGUUUACGUUUUUUCAGCACCCAGGGUCAAGUGAUCGCGGCCGGAAAGCCUGGUAAAGAUGAGAUAGCGUAUCCGAGAGAAGAAGAUGAGGGAAGGGGUUGGCUGACUGGGAUAUUCUGCCAAUGGUCAGAUCGCGAUUCUCCUGACGCCAAGCUGGCCUCUUUCGGCAUUUACUUUGCUGAAGACUAG